AUGGACUCAACGCUCCACAUCGAUCAUCGCAAGCUGUUCUCUUCGGUCGGCCCGAUCGGUGUCCACUCUCCGUCUCCGACCGUAGGCCUUCUUUUCCUGUCGGGCACCGUCAGACACGGCAGAGGCAAUCUUGGCCCAGGCGAAUCCUACAAUUUCUACCAGAAGGACUUGGCAAUUGCCGCGGCGGAUCGCUCGAUCGCGAGAUGA